GUUGAAUGACAGCGCUUUGGGGAAGGAAGACGAAUUUUUUUUUGGUGUGUGUGUGUGUUUGAUUCCCCCGCAGCCGCAGCGUCGAUGAGAAGCAGUCGAGGAACUCCAUUCUAAGUGAAUGGAUUGGUAUGGGGAGAAGCGGACCACAAAUCACGGCUAAGCGGCAGCUUUUGGACUGUGUAACGUUCACGAUGGUUUUACUUUCGCUGCUGUUUCGACCAGCUCACUGCCAGCAGUGUCGAAUCCAGCGCUGCAAUGCGGAUUAUGUGGCUUCUACCUCACCCUCUAGUGGUCUGCAGGAUGACGUGGCUCUAGACGUGGACUACUGCAUCGCCCUGCGUGCCUACGCCCUGUGCACCCGUCGGCAGGCGCGCAGCUGUCGGGGUGACCUGGUCUACCACUCGGCCGUCUUCCGCAUUAAGGAGUUAUUCUCUCAGCACAACUGCUCCAGCGACGGGCCCACCUCCUCCGCCAAGGUCCCCAGUACGUCUCGCCCGGUCGUGCCGGAGCUGUGCGACUACGAGAACCGGGUCCUCAUGUCGGGCUCAGCCGGGCAGAAGAAAUACGCCCACUGUGGAUUAUUCGGAGACCCGCAUCUACGGACUUUCCGCAACGAGUUUCAGACCUGCAAGGUGGAAGGGGCGUGGCCUCUGAUUGACAACCGCUUCCUGUCGGUGCAGGUGACCAACGUGCCCGUUGUGCUGGGCUCCAGCGCCACGGCAACCAGCAAGAUCACUGUGAUCUUCAAGUCCUUCCAAGGCUGCACCGAUCAGAAGGUGUACCAGGCCACCACAGAAGAUCUGCCGCUGGCCUUUCAGGAUGGGACCCGCAGUGGCGGCGAGAGCGGCAGCCUGACGGUCGUGGAGCGCGGCGGCUCCGGGGUGGGCCGCCAGGUGAAGAUACAGGCCCGUUACAUCGGCACUUCCAUCAUCGUCCGGCGCGUGGGUAGCUACCUGACCUUUGCCAUCCGCAUGCCAGAAGACACCCUGGACUUCUCGGAGGACAACGGCGGUCUGCAGCUCUGCCUGCACGGCUGCCCGCGCAACGAGCUCAUCAAAGAGCACACGCUGAGCCGCCAGAGCCAGCAGCCCCGCCUCCAGGGCACCAACACGGAGCUGGGUCCCCUGAGGCCUCCUCACCAGGUCUACACAGUGGAGCGGGCCACGGCCAGGUGUAGAGAGACUCUGCAGGUGGAGGACGUGUACUUUCAGUCCUGCGUGUUUGACUUGCUGACCACCGGAGAUCCCGAGUUCUCCUUGGCGGCCUACGGCGCUCUGGAGGAUUUAAAGGCGCUGCCGCCGAGUAAACUGAAGCAGAAUCCCCCGAGGACUCCUCGUCUCUACGACCGAGCGACGUCGCACACGGCAGCUGCGGCCGCCAACGGCUCCCUGCUCUCACUCCUCCUCAUUCUGCUGCUUUUGUAAAAAUAAAUACAUAUAAAUGAUUAAAAAAAAAGAAAAAAGAAAACCUGGAGAAAAACAGAACGUGGAAGCAUUACCAGAUUGAAAAGAGUGAGUAGAGCUCAGACAUUUGUACUUUUUUUUGGGGGGGGGGGGGGUUGGGCAAUUUGUGAAUGUUGUGAUCUUUUUUUGUUUUUUUUGUCAUUUGAAGGAUUUCACACUCAUUAAAUAUGGUAUCCAUUUUUUCCCCCCCACUUCACAUUUUCCGUGGAUUCAUGAGUGACAUCAUCAUCAGUUGAAAAAAAUAUAUAUAUAAAGAAAACAUGCAUGAACUUAUGUGGUUUGGGGUCCAGCACAUGUUUUCCACAUGCUCACUGUUAAUCGGUUUACGGUUCACGGCAGCUAAAUGGCAUAGAGUUAUUUUUUUUUUUUGUAAAUAUAAAAGUCAUAGUGCACAACCUUCAAACUCUGCAUGAAGCUGCACAUGUAACUCCAUACUGUAAUGUAAGCAAACGUGGCUUCUAGAUCCUGUAUAAUCCAGUAAUAUCAAUAGCACUUAAAAAAAAGAAGGUUUUCAUGUAUUCAGAUGUCAUUUCUUUGUCUAUUUCAACAGCUACUUUCAGAAAAUCAGUCUGCUAAAUACACAGGAGCCAACAACUGUAUGUAAAAACUACCUAUCCACAACAUAUGGUGUAUCAGUGUGACAGUCUACAGUUCUCAUCUUCUGUGAAACACUCCCUCUUCAAGCUGUUUUAAAAAGGUUUAAAAAAAAAAAAAACAUCAAAAUCUUUAUACAAUAAUAUAUUAAAAGAGUGUAUAUAUGUGUUUUAUAUUGUGUACAUUUGCCUGUUUAUAGACGUUUUAACUGUAAUGUGCUUUUUUUCAUGUGUUGUGUUUUUAGUUUCGAGACAUUGUAAGAAAGUAAACUAAUAUGUUUGUAAUUUUCUGUAUUAAAGUGUUGGACACUCUGG